ACAUAUAGAAUUAUAGAUACAUAUCUAGAGAGAGAGAGAGAGUUCGAUAGAGAGAGAGAGAGAGAAAUGGGGAAGCCAUUGGGACCAACAGGGGAGUUCUUCAGGAGGAGGGACGCGUGGAGGAAGCAUCCGAUGGUGACGAGUCAGCUCCGCCACGCCACUCCCGGCCUCGGCAUCGGAGUCGCCGCCUUCGUUAUCUAUCUCAUCGGCGAAACCGCCUACAACAAGAUCUACGCUCCUUCUCACUCCCAUUCCGAGUCCUCUUCUUCUGUUUCUGUUUCUCACUCUCACUGAGAAGAAGACACCCGUCUCAGAUAAAUGCUUGGAGCGAGGAGCAAAGCCGUCUGAUAAUGUAUUGCUGUUUUUGCUGCUUAUGUUUCGGUGUUCAAUAAAGAAUUUCAGUUGACAUGAACUUGUUGCCUUUAAUUAGUUGGGAAUGUGACAGACCUUUGAAUGGUGGUUUGAAGAGCAGUCUGUUUCUGUUACUACUUCACCUGCUUGCCAUUUCUCAGACAUUUUAUUUCGUUGUUUUCUUUUUCUUCUGUGGUUUCCUUUUUUUUUAUUUUUUUUUCCCCCCCUCUUUUCUCAUGCCACCAUUCUUGAUUACUCGUGCAACUAUCCGACAUUUGAAUAAAACUGUGUUUGGAUUGUCA